GACAUCGACAAAACACAUCACAGCUGAGCAGGAGGAGGAGGUCUGCUGCUGACUAUAUCUUCCCUUGUCUUGUGUCUGUGUGAGGGGCUGGGGGUUGGGCGAGGCUGGGCAUGAUGAGCGAAAGUCGUGACGCAGACGAGGACGUGCUGAGUGACUACUGGGUGACCUCGUGGGAGCAGCAGACACUGCAGGAGGUGGAGGCAGAGGCAGACCACCAGCAGCGCCUCCAUGAUGAGGCUGAUGCAGCCACUGAGAAGAUGUGGGCCAUGUUCCAGAGUGCUGCUCAGUGUGUGGCUGUCAUGUACAAAGGUGCAGCAGACAGCCAGCAAUCCAUGUGGGUACCCUUUCAAACAGCUGCUGGCCACAUCACUGCUCUUUAUAAAGAUGCUGUGGAGUCUGUUCGUCGUAGUGGUGAGAUUGGUGUGCAAGCAGGGUAUCAACGUCGCACUAGAGAGGUACUUAAUUGGGCUAGACGAAGAAGACAUAUUCGCCGAGAAGAAUUAAUAGCAUUUUUAGCGGGAAAAUCGCCGCCACAUCGAUCCCCGCAUCUGAGAGGGUCUCCUCGUACUCGUAUCUCUCUGGAGCGCAUGGGUCCCCGUCUACCAAGUCCUCACCACACACACAUGCACUCCCAUGCUCACAAUCCAGAUCCAGAUCUCAAUACUUUCAGGGAAGCUCUUGGAAUUUCAGGUCAACCUAGUUUAAACGUACGCCCCCCCACCCUUGGGUCACCCACUCUUCCCUCGGCGCGAAAUUUUAACUCAUUUGCCAGAGUUUCAGGUUUUAUCUGUGACGAAUUUGCAAGAAAAAAGCGCCAGGGACCCCCCUCCUCCCGCUCAUGA